ACUCGAACAUAAAUGCAACCAUUAAUUAUAACAAUUUAUUAAUUACAGAGGGCCUCAUAGUAAAAAUUCUUCAUUAAUUAACUAAUUAUGCUUUACAUUUUGGAUAUUCCACGUGGCAAGCUAUUGAGCAAUAGAAAGGCAAAAAUAAACAAUAAUUCAACCACCGGAUUUAGGCUUAAAAUUAAAACAAGGAUAAGCACAGCAUAAACCACUUUUUCUUAUAUUUUUGGUCUAUCAUAUGAGGCGGCCUGAAAAGUCUCCCAUCAAAUUCUCUCCACCUCUCUUUCUCCAUCUUCCCCUCUCUUUUUGCAAACAUAAUUCCUUCUUCCAAAGAAGGAUUUCAUGAAGACUCGAGGCAUCGAGAUCUCCUAUGGGAGGCCAAUCUUCAAUUUCUUCGCUGCUCUGAAGGUUUUUCUUCUCACAGCUCUCAUCGUCCUCUUCCUCAAUGUCACCUUCACUCUCUAUACAAAUGUUUCUACACAUUAUUAUACCUAUCCUCAUCCCCCUUUCUUAAAGAUUACUUCUUCCUCCACCUUCUCUAUUUCUUCUUCUUCCACCUUUUUCUCCUCUUCCUCUUCUUCCUCAUCAUCUUCUUCUUCCUCUUCUUCUUCUUCUUCCUAUGAUCCUAAAUCCAAUCCAUCUCCUCCUCCUCCACCUCCUAUACUAAACCCUUCUUCCUCUUCUUCUUAUUCAAAUUCAUUGACAAUCAAUCCACCUCCUCCAUUGUUAACAUCUUCUGCAAAACCAGUUCCUUCUCCUCCCAAAUUACAGAAAACUUCAUCUUCCACUUACAAUCAAUCAACAGCCAAAAGAAAGAGAUAUGUAAAAGGAUGUGAUCUCUCAAAAGGAGAAUGGGUUGCAGACCCAAACGCACCAUACUACACAAACUCAACAUGCUGGACGAUACAAGAACAUCAAAACUGCAUGAAAUAUGGAAGGCCGAAUUUGGAUUUCUUAAAGUGGAGAUGGAAGCCAGAUGGGUGCGAGUUGCCCCUCUUAGAACCAGCGGAGUUCCUAGACUUCAUGAGGGGGAAGAACCUGGCUUUCAUUGGAGACUCCUUGGCUAGAAACCAAAUGCAGUCCUUGAUGUGCCUUCUCUCUAGAGUUGAGUAUCCAGAAGAAAUAUGGCCUGCAGCAGAAAACGUGACACAAAUGUUCUACAAAAAUUACAAUUUCACCAUCUGGGCUUUCUGGUCCCCCUUCCUUAUAAGAGCCCAGGAGACAAAGACAGUUAAGAACUACGACAUGUGGAGCCUCUACCUUGACGAGCCCGACCCAUUUUGGCAACCUUACUUGGCCCAAUUUGACCUCAUCGUCCUCAAUACCGGCAACUGGUACAACCGACCCGCCCAUUUUUUCGCCAAGCAAAAGCUCAUCGGCUGCCACUAUUGCCUCGUCAAGAACGUACCUUUCAUGAGCUUAUACAAAGCUCACCGAAGAGCCUUCCGCACUGCUCUCGACGCCAUUGUUGACAACAAAAAGAGCUUUAAAGGGGUGACCAUUGUGCGCACGGUUUCGCCGUCGCACUUUGAGAGAGGGGAGUGGAACAAAGGCGGGGAUUGCAAGAGAACGAAGCCGUUUGGGCGGAGGCAGGCGAAGCUUAAAGGGAUGGAUUUGGAGUUGUAUAAGGAUCAGUUGAAGGAGUUUUGGAAGGCGAAGUGGGAGGGUAAUGAGAAGGGAUUGGAGUUCAGGUUGUUGGAUACAACGCAGGCCAUGGUGUUGAGGCCGGAUGGGCAUCCGAGCAGGUAUGGCCAUUGGCCGCAUGAGAAGAGGGUUUUGUAUAAUGACUGUGUGCAUUGGUGUCUUCCAGGGCCGGUGGAUAUGUGGAAUGAUUUGUUGUUUCAGGUGUUGAGUAUCUGAGAAGAUUGGGGGCAAGAGAAGGAAGAUAAGCAAUUUUUCAUGAUUCUUUUUAAUUUUUUUAUUCAAUUUUACAAUUGCCAUUCUUUGACAUUGAAUGAUGUAUAAAAUAGGAUUUGAAGUUUUUUUUUUUCAGGUUUUUAAUUUCUCUGUUAUAUCUGUGUUUAAGGAUAUCUUUAUUCAGAAUUCUUCUCAAUAAAAUUUCAUGAAUGUUGUUCCAAA